UGGGUUUUUUUCUCAGAAGGCGAAGUUUUGUUAUCAUUAAUUUAAUCACAAAACUGUGAUGAAGUUUGUUUCAUUUAACUUUUUUAGUGUUUUCAGAUAAAGAGCUGACGCUCGAAAUUUAGUCACUUUUUCUUUUCGAUUCCCGUUGGAGUAUGUUUAUCUCUAUUGUUUUAAAAUAGCCGCCUGUACCUGUGACAUUCUUUUCAUUUAUUUUUAAAUACAGUUUUGGAUAUUUGCGAGAUUGAUAUAUCUCAAUAUAUUUUGAUUUCAGUUCUUAUUUUUACAAACCAUUAAAAUGGUAUACACCAUUAGUUGUUAUACGCUUUUCUUAUUGAAUCUUCUUAUGUCUCAGUUUGUUCUGGGUGAUAAAUACGAGGAACAGGAGACUGUGCCAGUUAACCUUACAUAUAGAAAAGGUGUUUUGGGAAUGAGUGGGGAAAGACAACGUUUUAAAGUCAACGUAUUUGGCCGACUGUUCCUGCUCAACCUGACGCCGGAUAGCAGGUUUGUGGCUCCAGCAUUGAACGUUCAGCGCGUUAAAGCGAAGAAUGUCGCCGCAUUUCUGCAUGGCUCAGGGAGAGCAGGCGCUCCCAUGGAUGCCACAGAGUACGAAGACAGUGCUGCGGACCUCAGAGGUUGUUUUUACACCGGAACAGUCAAUUCUGAAGAGGACUCGGUAGUCGCUGUCAGUCUCUGUCGCGGCAUUCAGGGUACUUUCAUAACUCAAGGGGACGAGUACUUCAUUCAGCCCAAAGCAACCGGCGUUAUCACUGGGGAAUCUCCGCAGGUGCAUGUGGUUAAAAGAAGAGCUUUUUACGACGACCGGACGUCGUCUAAAAUGGUCUUUGAUCAAGUAAAAGUUGUGGCAGAAGACAACCUGAACUCUACUGAAGACGGCAAACUUAGACGUGCAAAACGAUUCGUGUCAACCGCGAGAUACAUCGAGACGCUGGUGGUUGCUGACGCUUCGAUGGCACGUUUCUAUGGAGACGAGAUAAAGCACUUCCUCCUGACUGUGAUGUCCAUCGCUGCGAAGAUCUAUGCACACCCUAGCCUGAAAAAUGCUGUUAGUCUUGUAGUAGUGAAGAUGCUGGUUAUCGAGGAUGAGGAGGUGGGGCCUGAGCUUUCUAGCAACGGUGGGGUUGCCCUGCGUAACUUCUGCAUGUGGCAACAGCUUUUUAACCCAGGCAGCCAGAGGCACCCUGAACAUUUCGACACUGCCAUCUUGUUCACAAGAGCGGAUAUUUGUGGAUAUAAGGAUUGUGACACUCUGGGUGUAGCUGAUGUUGGCACAAUGUGUGACCCCAAAAGAAGCUGCUCGGUUAUUGAGGACAACGGCCUUCAGUCAGCUUUCACUGUGUCACAUGAACUAGGUCAUGUCCUCAGCAUGCCACACGAUGAUUCUAAAAACUGUGAGAAAUGGUUCGGGCAUCUCAAUGGACACCACAUGAUGGCUCCUUACAUCAUCCACCUCAACAAAACUCUUCCCUGGUCCCCAUGUAGUGCACUGUACAUCACAGACUUCUUCGACAAUGGACACGGUGACUGUUUGUUGGAUUCACCUGAGAAGAGCAUCCCUUUACCAGCCGAACUGCCUGGCCUUACAUUUGGACAAGACCGGCAGUGCCAGCAGGCUUUCGGGGAGGAAUACACCCACUGCCCCAAUGCCCCUGAGGAUCAAGCCUGUGAACAGCUGUGGUGUCGAGAGGAAGGAAAGAUGCUGUGCACCACCCGGAAUGGAAGCCUCCCAUGGGCGGAUGGAACUCCUUGUGGAGAGGAGAGGAGAUGCCGGGAGGGUUCGUGUGUGUUAAGUGUUCUGGAGGAGGCAGAAGAGGUGCCAGUCAAUGGCGGGUGGGGUGAAUGGGGCCCUUGGGGGCCAUGCUCACGGUCAUGUGGUGGGGGUGUGGAGUUUUCUCACCGUGAGUGCACCGCUCCAGUGCCGCAGAAUGGGGGAUCGUACUGUGUGGGACAGAGGGUCAAAUACCAGUCCUGCAAUACUCAGACUUGCCCAGAAGACCAUGGAAAAAGCUUCAGAGAUGAGCAAUGUGAGAAGUAUAACAGCGAGCGUUACUUGGACAUUCAAGGGAAUAUAAAGCAGUGGAUCCCCAAAUAUUCUGGUGUCUCUCCACGAGACCGCUGCAAACUCGUCUGCCGAGCCAAAGGGAGCAAUGAAUUUAAAGUUUUCGAAGCCAAGGUCGUGGAUGGCACCACCUGUGGACCGGACACCACAUCAAUCUGUAUUCAGGGCCAGUGCAUCAAAGCUGGUUGUGACCAGGUGAUUGGCUCCAGUGAAAAGCUGGAUAAGUGUGGUGUCUGUGGCGGUGACUGUACAACCUGCAGAAAAAUAAGUGGCUCAUUGAAUAAAGCUACUUUUGGUUACAAUGAUGUUGUUACCAUCCCUGCCGGGGCUACUAAUAUUGACAUAAAACAGCGCAGCCAUCGAGGCAUCACGCAUGAUGGUAACUACCUGGCUGUAAAGGCUGAAGAUGGCACCUACAUUCUGAAUGGGAAUUUCUCAGUGUCCAUGGCGGAGCAGGACAUCCCAGUGCCUGGCGCCAUGCUUCGCUACAGCGGCUCUUCUACCACCCUGGAGCGACUCCUCAGCUUUCACAAGCUUUGGGAAGCCAUCACUGUCCAGCUAUUGUCUACAGGUGGGGACGCCUCACCCCCUAGGAUCAAAUACACUUUCUUUUUGCCAAGGGAUGUACCUUUUAUCAAACCUGGUGCAGAGAGUAGGAUUUCACCCCAUGUCAUACUGCCAUUCGGGGGUGCCGACUGGGUCCUGGGUGAGUGGUCUGAGUGCUCCAAGAGCUGUGGUGCUGGAUGGUCCAGGAGAAGUGUGGAGUGCAAAGAUGCUGAGGGGUCACUGUCUUACCUCUGUGACCCCGAUCUGCGACCUGCAGACAUCCGGCCCUGCGGGGACCUGCCCUGUCCCAUGUGGCAAUUAGGGCAGUGGUCAGUGUGCUCGCGGACGUGCGGACACGGAGAGCGUCACCGCACUGUAGUCUGCAUGGACUAUACAGGCAAGGUUUUAGAGCAUGAGAAGUGCAACGUAGACAAAAGACCAGGGGUAGUUGUAGUGCAAUGUUUUUACCAGGACUGCUAAUGUAUGAACGGUGUCAGAGAACAGGGAGGUGGUGCGAUCUAUUGUGUACGUAGCAACUGAGAAAGCCCCGAUCGUGCUUCAGAAACAAGCAGAGGAGCUCUUAGGGAUUGUGCAUUAGAUUUGAGAUCACUUAUCAAGCAUAACUAGGGCAUUUGAUAUGAAAUAUUACCUUUAUCAAGAAAUAACCUUAUCCUCUGUGUUGUUUUUUUGUUCAGUUUAACUACAAAGGUAAACUCCCAUGGAGAUCUACCUCAGUCAAGGUUUAUAACGUUCAGUUGUUUAGAGAGGAUUCCUUUGGAAAAACAAAAAACCUUAGACUUUGCACAAACCUGCUGAAAGUAUCGGUCAGAUACCUCUGUAAUACAGUGCAGUUUAGUGCACAUCUGAAUAAGAAAUUAUUAUACAACAUUUGAGAGGUACCUGAAAGGUGAUACAUUUAUCCAAGUUCUAAUAAUCGUCCACAACGGACUGCAUUUUAAUAUUUUAUAAUUGCUAGACAUAUUCUUUUCUCACAUUAUUUGAAUUGCCAGCCUUCGUGUUGCAGCAACGAGCCUACUUUUAUCAUAUCUGCUACUGGUGGGUCCAUCAAAAGCUUUUUCAUAAUACAACACUGGAAUAAACAGUAUUUGGUCUGGCCAAAUAAUUGCCACAUGUUACUAUAGAACAACAUAAGACAGAUACAAAACUGUACAUUUUAUAAUAACAAUGUUACCUGGUUACUAUUGUUGAUUUGAUUUUUGCUUAAAACGAAGAAUCAAAGUAGAAUUGCCUUCUCUAACACACUGUUGGUCUUUUUUUGUAUAUACAGCCAUUUGGCGAUAAGCUAUCCCAGUCUCACAACAACAGUGUAAAUACAGCAAAGUCUGCCUUUUCUGUUCGCUUCCACUGGUACACAUUAUAUAAACGGGAAUAUAUAAUAUAACCAGUACUGGCAUAAGUGAGUUUACAGAAGCAAAUAAUUUAUUAUGAAAUGUUCAUUGAGAAGUGGAUACUUACUGUAUAUUUUGGACACAACAUGUGCCAUCGAAAUAACGAUUGAACAGACACCAAAAAAGAAAAUGUUUCCUGUGAAAAACAUUGAGAUUGCAUGUAUUUUUCACGGUUGAUUUUUCAGUUUAUUUUCUUUCCUCGUCCAAGCUUUAGUUGAUACUGUAUACAUAUAUUUAAUGUUAAUGUAAAAAAUCUACCACCCACAAGCCCAUCAUCAGUUGCCCUUGAAUGAAGAGGUGAGCUAUGCUUCACGAUAUGCAAUUUUAUUAAUGUAUUAAUAACCUUUACUGAAUAUAUCAAACAUGAGUUAAAUGAAAUAGCAAUAGGUCAAGAGUUUUAGACUUAAAUUUCUGAAAAAAUCCCUCUAGCCAGGCAAGCAAUGAAUUUUAAAUGAGAUUAAAGAAUAUUUGGCGAAAUCAAUCAGUCUAGAAUUCACCAGAACCUGUAAAAUUAAGCUAAAAAUACAAGAUAAGUUAUUUGCAUUACAUUCGAUUCACAAACAAGUCAGUGAAAUGGUGCAUUUUUUAAACUAAAGCAUUAUAUCCCUUCAAUGAAGGUCUGCACAAUGUUAUUGUUAUAGCUUCUUUUUACAAGCUAUUUAUUUUUUCUACCCUUAACACCUUAUGUUUUUUUCUUGAUGCUGCUGUCUGUCCUACAUUAAUUAUGUAUAAAUUUAAAUCAAUUAAAGCGUGUCAACAUUAAAAUUGUUCUACAUUCA